AUGGAGUGGGGUAAUUAUUCCAUGUAUGCCGACUUUGUCCUCCUGGGUUUGUUCAGCAGCACCCGUUUUCCUGGGCUUCUCUUUGCCCUCAUUCUCCUGGUCUUUGUGAUCUCCAUAGCCAGCAACACUGUCAUGAUCAUUCUCAUCCAUAUAGACAGUCGCCUCCACACCCCCAUGUACUUCCUGCUCAGCCAACUCUCCUUCAUAGACAUCCUGUGCAUUUCUACCAUUGUGCCUAAGAUGCUGGUUGACCAAGUGAUGAACCAGAGGGCUAUUUCCUUUGCAGGAUGCACUGCCCAACACUUCCUCUACCUGGCCUUUUCAGGGGCUGAGUCCUUGCUCCUGGGACUCAUGUCCUAUGACCGCUAUGUAGCCAUCUGCAACCCUCUGCGCUAUCCUGUCCUUAUGAGCCGCAAGGUCUGUUUGUUGAUUGUAGGGGCAGCCUGGCUGGGAGGUUCUACAGAUAGCUUCUUGUUCACUCCAAUAACCAUGCAGUUCCCUUUCUGUGCCUCUCGAGAAAUCAAUCACUUCUUCUGUGGGGCCCCUGCUCUUCUGAAGCUCUCCUGUACGGACACAUCUAUCUAUGAGACAUCCAUGUAUGUCUGUUGCAUCCUGAUGAUCCUCAUCCCUUUCUCUGUCAUCUCAGCAUCCUACACUAGAAUUCUCAUUACUGUUUAUAGGAUGAAUGAGGCAGAAGGAAGGCGAAAGGCUGUGGGGACCUGCUCCUCACACAUGAUGGUCAUCAGCCUCUACUAUGGUACUGUCAUGUACACAUAUGUUCUGCCUCCUUCUUACCACACCCCUGAACAGGACAAAACUGUGUCUGCUUUCUACACCAUCCUCACGCCCAUGCUCAACCCGCUCAUCUACAGCCUCAGGAAUAAAGAUGUCACAGAGGCCCUACACAAGGUUCUGGGGAGGAGUUUGUCCUUAGGAAAGGUAACCCCUUUCUAA